AUGUCACUAGAGACCAUCCGCACCAUAUCGCCUGUAACAGGCGAAGUCCUCCUAGAACAGCCAGGAACAACACUCGAACAAGCCCGAAAAAUUACAAAACGUUCAAAAGAAGCCUUCGCACAAUGGAAAUCAACCGACCUCGCAACGCGAAAGUCUAUUGUCUCCGCAGGCCUAUCACUGAUACAGAAGCGCAAGGAAGAGCUUGGCCGUGAACUGAGCUCUCAAAUGGGGCGGCCGAUCGCAUACAGUGCGAAGGAAAUCGAGACGAUGCAGAAACGAGCAGACUACCUCCUCGAAAUCGCAGACGAGGCGCUCAAGCCUAUCCCUGGAAAAGAAGAAUCUGGGUUCAAGAGAUGUGUCAAGAAAGAGCCCGUCGGACCUGUACUCAUAGUGUUUGCAUGGAAUUUUCCCUACUUGAUACUGGUCAACUCUCUCAUUCCCGCUCUUCUUUCUGGGAACAGCGUUAUCAUCAAGCCCUCGCCCCAAACGCCUUUGGUCGGCACGAGGAUCGUGGAGAUCUUCACCGAAGCUGGCUUUCCCCAAAAUGUACUACAGGUUAUCCAGACUGGUGACCCCAACAUGCUGGAACAACUCGUCAAGCUUCCUAAGAUCCAACAAGUCACAUUUACUGGGUCCACGGCCGUCGGCAUCAAGCUCCGCGAAGCCACAGCGGGACGCAUCAUUCCCCUAGGACUUGAGCUGGGUGGCAAUGACCCGGCAUACGUUCGGCAGGACGUAUAUGUAAAAUAUGUUGCCGCUCAGCUUGUAGAUGGUGCUGUUUUCAAUACAGGACAGAGCUGCUGUUCGAUUGAAAGGGUGUACGUCCACGAUAGUGUACACGAUGAGCUAGUGCAAGAGAUGCAGAACGAGCUAUCUAUUUACAAAGUUGGUGACCCAUUCGACCAAACCACCACCGUAGGCCCAGCCAUCUCCGCCGCAGCCGUCAAGUCAAUCAAAGCACAAAUCGACGACGCACUAUCCAAAGGCGCCCUUGAUGCCACACCCGCGAACCCAACAUUCCAGAACCUCCCUCUCAAAGGCUCCUUCAUUGCCCCUCGCAUCCUAACAAACGCUAACCACACCAUGGCCGUCAUGCGCGACGAAACCUUCGGCCCCGUGAUCCCUGUCUGCAAAGUGUCCUCUGAUGAGGAAGCUAUCGCGCUCAUGAACGACAGCGACUACGGUCUCACUGCCAGCGUGUGGACGAAGGACAUCUCCAGGGGUGAGGAGAUCAUCGACAAGUUGGAGGCGGGCACUGUGUUUUUGAAUCGUGCGGAUUACCCGAAUCCGGAUCUUGCGUGGACGGGAUGGAAGAAUAGCGGGCUGGGAUGUACGUUGGGGCCGAAGGGGUUUGACGCUUUUUACAAGUUGAAGAGUUGGCAUGUUAAGAUGGUUUAG